AUGGAUCCACCUCUGCCAACCCUGGAGGCCAUCAUCAGAUCCUCCUGUGUCAGAAAAGCCAGGGCUAUCACAGGUGACCCCUUACAUCCCACCCACUACCUGUUUGACCCGCUGCCCUCUGAUCAGCGCCUCAGGGAGUUCACACAGGAAGUGUGCAGAGAUGAGGUGAUCACAUCACCACAGACCACAGAAAGUCAACCAAUGAUGGGUGAAGAAAAGAGGUUUAAUGCCCUCAUUUGUCUUCUCAUUUCCCCCCCGCAGGCCAGUUAUCCUACAUGGGAGGACUUUGUAUCCAAAGGAAAUAAACUGCAGUCACAGCUCAGAACGACCAUCGUGGUGACCGGAGCCUUCCUGGAUGCUUUUCAGAAGGUGGCAGACAUGGCGACCGGAACCAGAGGUGCCACCAAGGAGAUAGGCUCAGCGCUAACCAGGAUGUGUAUGAGACACCGGAGCAUCGAGUCCAAACUUAAGCUGUUUACCACGUCCCUCUCAGAAGGUCUCAUCACACCUCUUGAGUUGAAAAUGGAGGAGUGGAAAAAAGUGGCCAGUCAGCUGGAUAAAGACCACGCCAAAGAGUACAAGAAGGCCAGAGCAGACAUCAAGAAGAAAUCUUCAGACACCAUCAAACUGCAGAAGAAGGUGAAGAAAGGGAAGGAUGAAGCUCGGGGACAAUUGGACAACGCGCUGCAGGACGUCAAUGUGCGCUACGCUGUGCUGGAGGACACCGAGAAGCGAGCUGUGUGCAGAGCACUGAUAGAAGAAAGAGCUCGAUACUGUAGUUUUGUCAGCAUGCUGAAGCCUGUGCUGGACCAUGAGAUCAACAUGCUGGGUGAGGUGACACACCUGCAGACCAUUCUGGAAGAUCUGACAAACUUGACAGCUGAACCCAAUAAACUUCCACCAGCCAGCGAGCAGGUGAUCCUGGACCUUAAAGGUUCUGAUUUCAGCUACACCUAUCAGACACCUCCAGCUUCUCCCAGUAACACUCUCUCCAGGAAGAGCAGCAUCAGCAGCUACCAGUCAGGAUCAGUGAGACAUGUUCCCUCUUUGGACUCUAUCAGCUGUGCUGUGGAUGGACUACACAUGCAGCGCUGCUCCUCCCCCUAUCUGCUCACCGGCUGCGAUGAAAGCGGUCGAUCUCUCAGCGAAGGGAACUCCCCCUCUCGCCUCGGCCGUCACGGCAGCCGUGGUCGCUAUGGUUACGCAGCUGGCUAUGGCCACCGCCCCGCUCAGAGUCGCCGCUUUAGCCGCAGGGAUUUGAAAACUGAUUCAGUUGGGUCCACCAAUCAGCUGGCCUCUGGGGGAACUGGAGGGGCGGAGAACGGCCUCUUGGCCCCUCCACACAAUGCCUACAUACAUGGAGAGCGAGCUCGCGCCAUGUCUGCAUCUGGAAAGCACUGCUUGGCCCAGGAUCAGCUGGCAUUGUCACUGGGUGCACUGAAUUCUGACGCCUCGAGAAGCAGCAGAGAUUCUCUGCACUGUUCCAGCGGCUAUAGCACCCAAACAACCACCCCGUCCUGCUCCGAGGACACUAUACACACCCACACUGUAAAGAGAGAUCCUCCUAUCUAUGUCGACUAUGAGUCCAUCUCUCUCCACGGAGACACUGACUCUAUCUCCUUACAUCACCUCUCCCACGGCAACAGCCAGUCAGAUUUCGACAAGUCAUCGACCAUCCCGAGAAACUCCGACCUCAGAUUCCAGUACCGGGAGUUCAUCCACUCCAAGCGUCCUGCCUCUACUGUCAGCCUAUUGGCUGAGUCCGACUUGAGUGGUGUGUCUAACCGCCAGAUGCCAUCCCACACGGCAACCAUCAGGCGAAAACCUUCAUCUAAGCCGCCUUUUCGCAGAGGAACAAUCAGUGGUGGGGUUCCCAUCCCCAUCUCCACCCCGCAGGUUCCACUCAAACCCCUCGGCGGAACCAACGGAAGCGAUGAGAACGUUUUCAAAGUGCCCUCUUCUGUAGGUUUAGGUCACAGUAAACUCUGCACCUCCACCCAGAGCCUUAGUGCUUUACCACCCUCCUCCUCCCCAUACUACCAGAUUGUCCCAGGCCAGAUGCCCAUCCCAGUGCCCAUACCCACUGUUCCUUCACUGCCAUCUGAGGGAGGGAACAGUGUCAAACAACAGCAACAGAGGCAAUACCAGCAACAUCAGCAAUACAGUCAACCACAGCAACAGCACAACCAGCAAUUCCAGAUUCAACAGUUCCAGCAACAGCAACAGAUUCAGCAGCAACAGUUCCAGCAGCAGAAACAGAUUCAGCAGCAACAGUUCCAGCAGCAGAAACAGAUUCAGCAGCAGCAGUUCCAGCAAUGGCAACAGAUUCAGCAGCAGUUUCAACAUCAGCAGCAGCAGCAGCAGUUCCAACAGCCCCAGAUUCAGCAAGCCCAGCAGCUGCAGCCUCAGCACGAUCAGUAUCAGCUGCAGUUGAACCAGCAGCAGAAACAGAAGCUGUUCCAGCAGCAGCAACAGCAGCACCAGGCCUACACUACUCAGGCAGAGCCCUCCGGUGUGCCCAACAACAUCAACUACCAGCCCCAGGCUCCUCCACCCUCCAGCCAGGACCAAAACCCUGAGCAGGUCACCCUAGAAGAAGAAGAAGGAGAUGGAGGAGGCAACAGAAACAUGUUGACCCUUCUUAGAGGAGUAAAGCUCAGAAGGACCAUCACCAAUGAUCGCUCUGCCCCUCUCCUACCCCCUCCAACCAAUCACAAAUGAGGCUGACCAGCAGAUUUUUAUUUCUCUGCUAAACUGUUAAGUUUAGUUUGGUUUCUGAAGAGAUAUCAGAGUGUGUCAGCACAGAGAAAACUCAAACACACUUUGAAAGUGUUGACAGAUUGAUUUUUUUCGCUGGAACUCAACAUUGCUUGUUUUAUUUUAUAAAUUUACUUGAUUGCCCUUUUAAAUUUAUGUUUUAAGCAUUUUUGAGACUUUUCUGUUGUUGCAGCAAACGUCUUUUUGCCUUUUUUUUCAUGCAUUUUGAUUGUGGAUAAAGUUUUUGUGUGACUCAGUCUUACAAAAAGAACUUUUGAUUUGAUUAUUUUAGUUGGUACUCACUUCCUGGUCAGAAAAUGUCAUUAGGCAGAACAGGAAGCUGUUAGCAUCUUUGGCCUGGCUGUGUUUGAUUUGCUUUCUGCUUAGUCUCCCAGGAUGGCGGGGUUUAUCAGUAGUUCAGUGGACUCACAGUGGUUGAACCAUGAUCGUGGAGUUUCGAAUUUACUGACUCUGGGUCAGUGAUUGUCUGGUGUAUUUGAUCUGAGUAUUUAGUUGGUUUCUGGUCAUCUCAAAGAGCCAAAUGCUAACACUCGUGACUUUGCAUCUGGCUUUAGAUUUAAAUAAGGUAGAACAAGAAAGAGUUUGAGGACACAAGGACUGGGUUUGAGAUAUAUUGAGAUAUAUAUAUAUAUUUUUUUUAAGUGGCAUAUGGUCUGAGGUCACUUGAUUGCUCUUACCUUAGAUUGGAGAUUUGUGCCACUCCUGGGACUCCAAAUGUUUCCUCUGAACGUGAGAGUUUAUGGAAUACAAUGAAAAAUGUUACUGUGGGGAAAAACUCUGGUUUGCUGUGUAAAUAAGCAUCAAAUUUUUUUUUAGAGCAAAAAUCACAAAUAGACAGCGGUUUGUUGGCAACUUUAUGAGGCAACACUGAUGUUUCAGAAGAAGCGGCUUGACAAAUGUGGGUUGCAUUUUUGCUAAACAUAGCUGGCUAUGAUGAGCUGAACUGUAGAACAAAACUACCACAGGGGACUGAUGGUUUGAAUGUACUUUAUAAGGUAAACGCUGCCAUGUUUCAAGACUUAGAUUUAGUCUAGACUUAGUCUUUAGAUUUAUUUACACAGAUAUGUGCAUCAACAAGAAUGCUUUAAACAUCAUUUUGUUAAAGAGAUAUUGUGGACAAGAUACUACAUGAAUACCAAGAAAUAAGUUUUUGGCAUUUCUUGUUACUUGGUGACCAACAUAUACAUUAAUCCAAAACAACUUUAAAGUAAUUGUUUGUAGUUCUCUUUAGUUCCACUAUUAUUGGAACCCACAGAACCUAUGCAUCGGUUUAUUCUGGUGUCUUCUGUAAAUGCAUGACUGAAUCUGGGUGGUUUGUAGGCCAUGUCGUGAUAAUUCAUGUUAUGUGGCUUUGAAGUCCACUUGAUGAGUGUGCAUAUCCUGGUUACAAUAUUUUAAGGAGUCCUCCUUGUUGUUGUUCCCCUGUAUAGUUAUAGGACAUCAAUGAUGCGGAUUUAAGCACAGCUAACAUGUUGGCACGAGGAACAUUGAAUAAUACAGUUUUAUUCACAAGUAGUAAAAGCUAUGCUGAAGUUAUGUUUGAAGGGCAUCAGGAGCAGAUGUAACUUGACAAUUAUUUCGAUUUUUAAAAAGAGUUAUAUUAUUAUAUAAAAUGUGAGAAAACCAUAAAAAAUGUCUCGUUUUUCUAAAUUACUCAGAUUAUAUUAAACUAAGUUAUUUUUUUCAGCUCUAGUUACAGGUUUAAAAAUUGUUUUUGAGUAUCAACAAAGACCUUGUGAUUUUUCCAUAUUGACUAUUGGAAAAUUCAGAAGCUACUUAUAGCACUAUGCUUUUAUCAUUUAGACAAACAUUUUUCAAAUUAGUUUCUAUAAACAAAGGAUCUGCUAUAUUCAGUGAAGUUUAGGUUUUGCUUGAAGUUUUCAAUUCAACUCCACCCACUGAAAUAUCUCUGAAACAUUCGUUUUAGUUGAUUUACUGUAAUCAACUCGGAUAAAAUGCUGCUGAGCCUCAAACUGUCGUAACUUUAAAUUAAACAUUUUUUCUACAGAGUUUGGUUGGACUGAAAUAGCUGGUUCUAUUUUUGAUCUUUGUUCCAAUUUGGUAAAAUGUUUACCUCUGCUAAUCAUGACCUUCUAAAUCGUAUAAGUCUCUUUAUUUUAUUUUUUAUUCCCUGUUUUGUUUUUGUUUUAUUUUGUUUUUUAGUUUAUAGUCCUUUAAGUCACACCUCAGAUGUUAUCAGUAAUUAACCUGGAGUUUUGUCUUCUGAUGCACUUCAGUCUAAGGCCAUGAGAAAUUGGGGGCGCUCACUUCCUGUGCUUGAACCAGAAAAAUAUAGCAUCAAGUGCAGGUUAAUAAAAGUUGACUAAAGAAAUAAUUUGUAGCUUAGCAUAUUUUACCAUGGCAGCCUCAUUACUUGGGUGUUUCCUGCUAAUGCAGCUGCUAAACCAUUGUGUUGCUUCUAAAAGUUGCCCAUCUUCUUCAUUUGUGAGCUGUUAGCAUGUUGGACUCAGAUUGUCCUCAGUUAAAGAUUUGGCGAAUUUGAGUGGUUAAAAUAAUUUUUGUUUGAGCAACAGCUGAUUACUUUUAUAAUAAUUUAAUGUGGUAGUUCUUCUGUUGAUUAAUCCAACAAUAAUUAGGUUUAUAAAAGAUCAGGAAAUUGCACAAAACAGUCAAAUGUCCAAAAUCCAUAAAUAGUCAAAUUACAAUUUUAGAAAUCAAAGAAAAAGUUUUUUUUUCUUUUUGUGUUGG